AUGUUGGAGAAAGAUCACAUCGUAGCACUGCUUGGUGGUUCUCACGGUGCUUUGAACGCUCAAUUGGAAAGAAUUACGGAUGAUUUAGACAUUCCAUUCCUCACCGCAAUCGAUGAUUUGCGUACGGAAAUGGGAAAAUCAAAAAUUGAUUUUUGGCCACGUCCACAACUUUUUGAGGCUGUCGUUGAUAUGUUUACUCAUUGGAAAUGGAAUAGGAUUGUGUUGGUUUAUGAGGAUGAUGAGAGAAUCCGUCGUCUCGAACAACUUCUAGAGAGUGAGGAGUACGCUUCUAUCCGUUUCUAUCUCAUAAAAGUACACAAUGGAGAUUACAUGAAAGCAGCUCGUCAAGUGAAAGAACUCGAAGAAUGUCGCCUUCUUCAUAGGAAAGAUUGUUCAGAAUUCAGUCGUCUUCUAGUAGAUAUGAAUCCGGAACACACUUACAACUUUCUUCUUGCUUCCCUUCAAAUGGGACUUAUCGAGUUGAAGCACUGGUUUUUGCUCACUAAUAUGGAGUUGUCAACCAUGGACAUGGAGCUAUUUCGCUAUAAUCACGCUCGUUUCAUUUCUCCAUAUCCAGUCGACUCGACUUUUUUGACAGAAAAUCGUGACGCGUUCAAUUUCUCGCAUUUCAAAGAGCAUAUUUCGGAGAAAUGGGCAAUGAAAACCGACAACAGCCGGAAUUUGAAGAUGAUGGAAGCUGUCUUCACUUUUGACGCCGUCUACACAUUCGCGAAUGUAUUCAACGAGCUGUCAAGUCAUAUGCAAAUGAAUGAUGUACCACAAACAUUAUGUAGGAAGUCAUCGAGGAACUCGAGAAAAUAUCAACAUGGAAGAUCACUAAUCGAUAAUAUUGUUCAUAAUGAUCUUCAUGGAUUGUCUGGAGAUUUGAGAAGAUUGAACGGUCAUCCGUUGAAAAGCAACUUUUCAAUGAGGAUUCAUUUGUUGGGCUACAGUGGAAGAUUGGAUGAUGUGAGUUUAGAAUUUUCCAAUAUUUUUAAUGAGUAA